CACUCUUGCUUUCACUAUCACUACAGCGCGCAGCACCACGCCCAAAGCCCAGUACACCAAUGUUCCAGAUCUCUCUCAACUCACCCCAACAAGUCUAAACCGUACUAAUCUCAAAAUGACUGAACCCACCACAAACACGCAAACAAUGCGCACAUCAAACUCUGGCGUAGAAUUCCGCGCCGCCCACCUCGACGUAAUAAUCGACUCUCGCAACCCUCACCCUCCCAUCAGCCCUGAAUUCGUCCUUUUGCGCGACCAAGCCGCCACAACAUGGCACGCCUUCGAAGCCGCCGAAAGCCACCUCCCCACUAUAAUCGACGCUCUCGACGCCGAAAUGCUCGACUACGUUUCCUCUCACCGACGCGCCACGGCACAGCAACUCCAGGUUCACAGGGAUCGCAUCGCGAUACCGAGAUACGAAGCUACGAUUGCGGAAGUUGAGAGGUGUUGCAAGGUACUGGAGGGUGAGAUUGUAGUACUGGAGGAGGCGGCAAGACGGGAGUCAGAGACUGUGGAGGGGAUGGCGACGCUACAGAUUGAUGUCCCGGUUAUGACGAGCUGUUUGGAGACAACGAAGAAGAUCGUCGAGGUUGCGAGGGCGCAGUUGCAGGGGGCGAGGGGGAGGUUGGGGGAGUGAUUUCGGGUUGUGCCGUUG